UCAACAAAAUACAGACUCUUCCUUUUCUCCUACUCUCAGCCGUUUCUAGGUUUCAAGUUUGUUUAAAACCUUUCUCUCAUACACUGCUUCUCCUUGCUCCAACGAUUGCCCUCUAGAUCGAUUUCCAGCACCUCCUCCGUCUGGAACACCCUCAUCAUCGGCUUCAUCUGCGACUAGGAGCCCCUCGACGCCCUCCUUCUCUACGCCCACGUGAGAGCCGCCACUUCCCCCCACCCACUUCGAUUCCUACAGAGAACCCCCAACAUAUGCCUCGCGGAUUUGAUUCUUUUGUGGUCGAUGGGUUUCUUUGGAGCUCCUUCAAGCCACGUUUGCAAUUGAGAUAUUAUGACCCCUUGAUUUCUGACGUUUUCACUCGAUCAGAAGCAUCUUACUGUGAACUGAAGCAAUUAACAGUAGUCGCUCACUCUUCAGGCGGUGAUGAGUGGUGAACUUUGGAAGCGUUAUCUUCUUCGACAUUGAGUUGCAGCAACGGUUGCAACGCAGCCCCGUCCCCUCUCUGCUGAUAUGAAAUCGGUGUCUGCAGAAUUUAAUCGCUCAUGGAUUUGCCUUUGGCCAUAGAGGAAGAAGGAUCAACUUGAAGUGAAUGUUGAAGCUUUCAUCAAUGAAACAUCAUUCUUGGCUAGCAAUGGUCAGCAUGAAGUACUGAGUUUAAAGUGCAAGGUGCUUCAUUCUUCUGUUUGUGCUUCUCUGGGAAUUUUCAGAAAUCUCCAACUAAAUAUCAACCGCAGGGUGACGCUGUUACAGAAACAUGCACAACACAUUGAAAGAAUGAAAGAAAAGUGGUUUCGGAGGUCUCUGUUUCUUCUUCCAGACGCUCUUCAGCUACUCUUAACUUCUCCAACUCAUUCACUACAAGGUACUAACUUCCACUAACUUCUGUAUUAUCACUUGCAUUAUGUAAACUUUGAAUAAACCGUACUACCAUUGAGAUACAUGAUUGUUUUCUAUUUUAUUUUUAUCCCAAUAUAUUUUUAAUAGAUUUGUUUCCUUAACUUUCUAGGUCUUCCAGUGUAUCUUUCUAAAUUCCUUCCGCUAAAUUGUGGAAUUAUGAAGCUCAUAUUGUGUUUCUUUGUUUUGUUUUGACUAGCGGAUGUGUAACACCAUUAAAUUAUUAGAAAAAUUGAAACUGAUUGGGGUUGUGCACAAGCAGUAAUAUGGAGAUUAAUUGAUUAAAUUAUAACACAAGGGGUUAGCAAAAUGAUGGAAUCUCAAAGGAAUUUCAGUGAAGCUUACAAUUGAAUAUUAAAGGUACAUAAAUUAAUAAUUUAAAUAUUUAUUACUAUCCACUAUUAAAUCUAUUAAAAAGAUUGAAGCUGAAGGGGUUGUGCACAGGUAAUAAUGUGGAAAUGAUUUGAUUAAAUUAAAACACAAGGGGUUAGCAAAGUGAUGGAAUCCCAAGGGAAUUUUAGUGGAACUUACAAUUGAAUAUUAAAGGUACAUAAAUUAAUAUAUUUAUUAGUAUAUUAAAAAUUAAUUUAAUUCUUGCCUUUUGGUCCUUUCUUUGAUGUGAGACCCACACUCUUGAGCUCUAUAUAUAGUUACAAUAGUAUGUGCAUAGGCAUCAAAACCAGACCUAAUAUUCUGUCAUGGCUAAGUUCAAGAAUCCAUAUUCUGUCAUGUGCAACACUGUUCCUCCCUUUGCAUUUGCAGUUUUGCACCAGAUGAAUAGGAACUAUGGUAAGAUUGGUCAAGAUGUGGUGGAAUACCUACAGCUCCCAGAUGAUGGAGAAUUUCUCCUUACUAACCCAUUGGGUGUGAAUUUUAGUGGAACUUACAAUUGAAUAUUAAAGAACUAUGGUAAGAUUGGUCAAGAUGUGGUGGAAUACCUACAGCUCCCAGAUGAUGGAGAAUUUCUCCUUACUAACCCAUUGAGUGUGACCAAGGAAGUAUCCUUUACUGUGGUGGGCAAAAAGGCUUACCUAAUUAUAGGAUGGUGUGAGCUUCGAGAAUUUUAUCAUUUUUAUGGGAACUGUUGGUUCCUUUUUAAACAUGUGAACAACUUGAACUUUCGUUUUUCAAUAUUUGAUCCAACAUUUGCUGAGGUGAAAUAUCAUGGUUGGCCUGUGACUCUGAAGCAAGAGAAUGUUGAUAUUAUGAGCCAGAUGUUCCCUGCACCUAAGCAACCAGAAAUACCAAUGAUCUACAAAAAUUCAAGUGGUUCUGCUGUUGUGUUUUGGUUUAAAAAUAAAAAUCCUUCAUGUGUGGUAACUCUUUCAAAAACCCAAGCUGUUGGGAGUUAUGUGGCCUUACCAGCUAAAAUUGCUGUGUCUAUUCGUCAAUUUGGAGUUUCUCCGUUGAAGCUUCGAGGGCAUGUGGGUGAUGAUGUUACGUGCAAGUUGCUGAGCAAAAACAGGAAGGAUGUGAGGAUUGGAUCAGGCUGGAAGAAAUUUUGUACACGUAAUGGAGUUCGUGCAGGAGAUCUGUGUUGCUUUAAGUUUACAAAUAUCGCAGAGAGGAUUGUUGAAGUGUCUAUUGUUUUUGGGUAAUUUUAUGGGAGUAUAAUCGGAUGGCUUGCUGCUAUGUGAAAGUUUAAUUUUGUUUCUCAAUAAUAGUUAUGUCAAUUCCAAAUGGCAGAUCGUGCUAUUUUAGCUCCUACAAAUGAGAUUGUUGAUAGUUUGAAUGAAUAUAUGAUGUCAUUGUUGCCUGGAGAUGAGAAAACUUAUUUGAGUGCCGAUAACACAUGUUCAUCAGACAUCAAUUAUGACAGUCAAGAUGAUAUCCAUACACCGGAGUUUUUAAACACAAUAAACUCUUCAGGCUUGCCUAAUCAUCUGUUAAAGCUAAAAAAAGGAGCUCCAGUGAUGCUUUUAAGAAACAUCGACCAAUCAGCUGGAUUGUGCAAUGGUACACGUCUGAUUAUCACUGAAAUGGGCAAAUAUGUUUUGGAAGGCAAGGUUAUUUCAGGAACAAAUGCCGGAAAAAGGGUGGCUAUACCAAGGUUAACAUUAACCCCAUCAGAUAGGAGAAUUCCUUUCAAGUUUCAAAGGAGACAAUUCCCUAUAGCGCUCUCUUUUGCCAUGACAAUAAACAAAAGUCAAGGACAAUCUCUAAAGAGUGUGGGGUUAUCUUUGCCAAAACCGGUGUUUUCACAUGGCCAGUUAUAUGUAGCCUUCUCUAGAGUCACCCAUCGUAAAGGAUUAAAAAUCCUCAUUUGCGAUGGUGACGACAGUAAUUCAAAUAGUACUUCUAAUGUAGUUUACAAAGAAGUGUUUCGCAAUGUAGUGUGAAGAGGAUGUUUUUCACAAAAAUAUUACUUUAAUUGUGUGUUUAACUUUUUCUAGAUAAUCAUGUGUAUUCAAACUCUACUAUAUAUUUUUAC